UUCGUAUAAAAGCGCAUUCGGGUCCCAUGGCGAUCACACUCGAAAUCUCAUCACGCUCCUUGGAUCGACAGAUUCGAGCCACCCACACGACAAAAUGAAAUUCCUCAUCGUAUCCCUCGCUCUGGUCGCCGUGGCUCUGGCCCAGCACUCCGGCCCUACGUACAAGCAGCCCGUGCAGCCGGUGGCUAUUCUGAAACAGGCGCAUGACUUCUCGCCGGAGGGUUCUUACAACUACGCUUAUGAGACCGAGAACGGAAUCGUCGCUGCCGAGCAGGGCUCACCGCAACCCGUUGGACCCAAGGGCGAUCCUGCGGUCAUCUCCCAGGGCCACUUCCAGUAUACCGCUCCCGACGGCACCCCCAUCGCCGUUCAAUACACGGCCGACGAGAACGGUUUCCAUCCGCAGGGUGCCCAUCUGCCGGUCGCCCCGCAUGUGCCCGAGUUGAUCCAGAAGGCCGUCGCGUACGUUCUGGCCCACCCGCAGCCCGAGAACCAGCAUAACUAAAUAACAUCGAUGACAUUUAGCAACGUCUCCGGACAAAGGCCUACCUCUCGUGCCACUCUCGCGAACUAUAGAUGUAUAAAGUGUGUUUUUCUAAUAUAUAAAUAUAAAUAUUUCUUAAAAAAAAAAAAAA